ACACCUUCCCAAAGUAUCCCUUGCUUCAACCAUCUAAAAUAUCAACUUUAAGAAUUUUUAACUCUACAAAUUCCUUCAAAAUUGACCCUAUUUAAAACCUUACAAAUUCCGAAACUCCAUAUACUCUCCCUGACAAUGACAAUGAGGCGCUGUGUCAUCUGUGGCGAGAGGCCGCCGGUGAAGGAUGCCCAGGGCAACAAUGCGUAUGCGUAUCCCAAGAACGAGGAGGAGGCCCGCAUCUGGCAGGCCAGCAUGGCCGCCAAGGACUGCUGCGUGCAGAGCAUACAGAAGGAGUGCUGCGUCUGCGUGCAGCAUAUCCCCGACUUUGUGAGCCGGGCCAAGGCCAUUGGUAACGAGCUGAGCGCCCAGGAGGAGAAGCGAAAGGAAGCGAAGCUGGCGGCGGCGAAGAAGAAGGAGAAGGAAAAGGGGGAGGCGGCUGACGAGUGCGUCCAGUGUCCGGAUAUCGGGGAACCCGCUGAGGAUCGGGAAAAACCCACUGUUAGUGUCCUGCUACUGAACGGAUCCUCGCUGCCUACCUACUGCGCCGAGGGUAAGGGUUCCUGCGUGGACUCGCGACCGGCGGAGAAAGGCGACUAUAAGGGAGGGCAGACCAAAAGGAUAAAAACCAAGGAGUCGAAGACGGAGAUCUAUGUGCAAGAGUCGGCCUUCCAGGAUAGCGGCGGCAAAUGUCCGGAUAUUGACGGCACAGAGGUUACCCUGAUGCGCGCGCCAACGCAGGAGGAGGAUGAGCUAAAACGGCUGCAAGAGGAGCUGCUAGAGGGGCAGAAACCGGAUGAGGAUUACAAUUGCAGGCGUCGCAGCUGCUGCCUGCCCGGCUGCACGGACGUCCUGCUCUUGGGCCGCGGCCAGCACGAGACGGGUGUGUGUCCUUGCAAGUGCGAGCAAUGCAGUAAGCCCUGCGGUAAUCCGGAUCCGGAACCUUGCUGCCAGCCGGAAUGCUGCCCAAAGUCUGAGCCCGUGUACUCUGACCAGCCGCCAUGCGGCUGCGAAUGCGAGCAGCAGGUGCGCCGCGAACUGGGCAAGGUGAUCGAGACCCAGGCGCAGCGCAUCCUAGAGCUCGAAGAGCUGCUCUGCCGGCAGAACAGCAGGCGAAACUGCCUGCAACGGAAGCUGGACGAGCUGUACUGUGAGUUCGGGCGCCUGGACGAAGCGGAGAUCGAGGCGCAUCGAUCCAGGCUCACCUGCCCGGGAAGUGAACGUGGCGGCCCUGAUUGCGCCUCAGUCUUCACUGCGCGUUCUGAGCCACCGGCGCCUGAAAUAGAGCCGCCUGAAAUGCCGCCGAAAGAGUCUCGUAGUAUACUUAGUCGCUUGUCGUCUAAACGAGUGAGCAUCAUCAGCAAGCGCUUGUCAGGUGAACAGUCCCAGCAGUCGGAGUUCUUCCUCUCGCCGCCGGUACGUGUUCAUGGAUUUGCUGAGCGGAAGCCCGAGAGCACAGAGCGCACCCGACGACCCCAAUGGGUCAACGAGGCGGAAUCGGAGGAAAAUAUGGCCAAUACCUCAAUCAAGUUUAACAAAGAGGUCAACUACUCCACUGAAAGGUUGUCGGUCAAUAGCAAAGACGCCCCAACACUUCGAUCUGACUCGAUCUAUUCUGAAGGAACCAAGUCCAAGCCGCAGUCCAUCCGCUCAGCAUCUAUGUACUCAGAACUGAGCAAGCCCAAGUCCCAGUCCAUCCUCUCCAAAGCCAUCUACUCAGAUGUGAUCGAGUCCAAGUCCCAGUUCAACCAGUCCGUAUCCAAUACUUCCCGAGCUUGAUGGGUCGGAUGUCUGCUGUCCACCUCCACUUCAACUUCCACUUCAACUUCCACUAGUACUCCCCAUCCAUAUCCACAUCCACCUGCCCCCUCUGUCUACCUUGUCUACUGUGCAAUCAUGCAAAUAAAAAUAUAUUCUUUUU